UCGAACAAAAGAGACGCGAAAGUAUUUAAUUUUAAAAAAGUCAAAUCAUAACAAUCUGCUUCAAUUAAUGCCAAUUUACAUUUGAUUGUGCUACGAAUAACAUAUCAAUAUAGCGUCAUUUCGUAUAAUCUAGAGCGCCCAAUUCGAAGAAAACAGUAUCCAACCAGCAAUGCAUUCCGUCAUAGUUCAAAAACGUCGCAAGCGGUCAAUUAACUUUACUGAAUCUGAUCGUCAAGUACUAAUAAAUCUAGUUCAACCUCAUCUAAGUGUUAUUGAAAACAAGCGAAUGGACAAGUUUACGUCAAAACUUAAAUCGGAGACAUGGGAAAAUAUCAAAACUCAAUACAAUCAAUUGAAUACUGAACCAAGGACAGCUCUCCAAUUGAAACUAUUUUAUGAAGCCAAUAAGUAUCGGAUGAGGAGAAUGAACAAGACAACAACAGAUGCUAAUCAAUCAGACGAAAAAAUUGAUGGCAAGAUCGUUAAAAUUGAACUAGAACGAAAAACAAUUCUAGACGCCCUUGCUCAAACUGAAACUGAACAAGGACAAAGCGAUGAUAGUGAAGUAAGGAGCCCCAAGGCCAAAAUUUGUGUGGACAUUGAGAAGCUACAAGAAACAAAACAAUUAGAGACCUCGGACCGGGCUAAAGCACAAGAGGUCGGAAAAUCAUCCUCUUUGAAGGUCCCGCUUUCGAAAGAUGCUGAUACUGAUUUCGCUGGUUUCAAUUUGAGACCUCCGUUCAACAGUACCACUCUUCAAGCUUCCUUAAUGUCGACAGUCCAAUCACCCGACUCAGCCCUCACCAAACAAGACGAACUGCAUGCUAUGCGAAUGAAGAUCCUUGAAGAUGAACGACUUUUCCGUCGUCAGGAACAUCUUAAACAUAUGGAAUACUUUGAAAUCGGAAUAAUGGCAUUGAAAGCUUUUCUACUUAAACAGGCACAAUCCACACCAUUGGUUACUAAUCAAAAGUGAUAAUAAAAGAAAAGAAAAAUAUUUCAUAUUCACCUUUUUAAGCUUUAUUAUGUUUUUCUUCAAUUUGCGUUAAAUAUCGUCUUAAACUAUUCUGUAGAGAUGAUCUCUCGCAUCUGCCGG